GCAGUGGCUGCCGGGAGGUGUAGUCGCGCGGUGGCCGCCGGGAGGUGUAGUCAGUCAGUCAGUGACCCCCGUGUGAUCCAGCAUGGCCGGCCUGGAGCUGCUCUCCGAUCAGGGUUACCGGGUAGAUGGCAGGAAGGCCGGGGAGCUGAGGAAGAUCCAGUGCCGGAUGGGAGUGUUCGCUCAGGCUGAUGGCUCCGCGUACAUCGAGCAGGGAAACACCAAGGCCCUGGCUGUGGUCUAUGGGCCGCAUGAGGUGAGGGGGGGGGGUCCGUGAGUGUGAGUGUGAGUGACUGUGGGGGGGUCCAUGAGGGGUGAGUGGAGUGGGACUGCAGGGGGGGUCCAUGAGGGUGAGGUGGAGGACUGUGAGGGGGGGGUCCAUGAGGGGUGAGUGUGAGUUACUGUGAGGGGGAGGUCCAUGAGGGUGAGUGUGAGUGACUGUGAGGGGGGUCCGUGUUAUAUGGGGCUGAUCAUUAGCUGGAUUUUCCCUGUGCUGCCCCACAGCCAGUUUCUGCCUCAUUUUGUCAAAUACAUGGAGCUUGGGGUGGGAUUGAUGGGGGGUGAUUGAUGGAGGUGAGUAGUUGGGGGUGAUUGAUGGAGGUUUGAUUGAUGAGGUGAGUAGUUGGGGGUGAUUGAUGGAGGUGGUAGUUGGGGGUGAUUGAUUGAGCUGGGGGGGGUGAUUGAUGGAGGUGAGUAGUUGGGGGUGGAUGGAGGUGGAGGUGGAUUGAUGGAGGAGAAGUUGGGGGGUGAUUGAUGGAGGUGAGAAGCUGGGGGUGAUUGAUGGAGGUGAGUAGUUGGGGGUGAUUGGAUGGAGGUGAGUAGUUGGGGGUGAUUGAUGGGGUGAGAUUGAUGUUUGGGGUGAUUGAUGGAGGUGGUGGUUGGGGGUGAUUGAUGGAGGUGGUAGUUGGGGUGAUUGAUGGAGGUGAGUAGUUGGGGUGAUUGAUGGGGUGAGUUGGGGGUGAUUGAUGGAGGUGAGUAGUUGGGGUGGAUUGGAGGUGAGUAGUUGGGAAAGUGAUUGAAUGUGAGGAGAUAGUUGGGGGGGAUUGAUGGAGGUGGAGUAGUUGGGGUGAUUGAUGGAGGUGAGAAGUUGGAGUGUAUUGGGGAUGGAGGUGAGAGUAGCUGGGGGUGAUUGAUGGAGGUGAGAAGUUGGGGGGAUGGAGGUGGUAGUUGGGGGUGGAUUGGAUGGAGGUGAGUAGUUGUGGGGUGAUUGAUGGAGGUGAGUAGUUGGGGGGGGUGAUUGGAGGUGAGUAGUAUCUUAGCUACGUGUAACUAACUAACUGAUACAACAUACACAUAUGCCACGUGGAAAACUCGGCCUACUAAAUUUACAUUUCACUGAAAUUCCAUCACACUAUCUUUCACUAUUCCCUCAAACUACUGCCCCAUACUCCUCACGGCUGCCCCUUAUUCCCACGCUAUGCGCUAACCCCCACUACAGUUCCUAUCUCUCCAUUACUGCCUCUAACACCAACUACUGCCCCUAACCCCAACUACACUUCCAAUUACUACUGCUCCUGUCAGACCCAAGUCAAGUUGUCAAACUGUUCUUCUAAUGGUUUGAUACUUACUCUUGGGGGAGGGGGGGUCACCACGGUACUCCUGGCAUCAUAACCACUACAGAGGGCUGCAGCGGUUUUUGUGCCUGGAGUUUUCCUUUAAAUACUCUACCAGUGCUCCUUCCGAGACUAGGUUCUGGAUCACACCCUGCUGAAGGGGGACUGCUGUUGCGCCUGCCUUGGACUUGAUGGAUACCUAUCAAUCCCUUGCAAGGGCAGGGCAAAACAUUAGAUUUGGCAACUUUUUACUGCAUAUUAUUCUGUAAACUAUUCAGUCUAUUCACUUUGUGAUAAAAUGAUAACCGUUUUGGUGCUAAAGAUUUAGUGGAAAUACGAAAUCUUAUGUUAUUAAUUCUCUAGAUCCGUGGGUCCCGCAGUAAAAUGCUGCACGAUCGUGCUGUUGUGAACUGCCAAUACAGCAUGGCCACAUUCAGCACCGGAGAACGGAAACGCCGUCCACAUGGUGAUCGCAAGUCAUCUGAGAUGACGUUACACCUGAAACAGACUUUUGAAGCCGCAAUUCUUACCCAGCUUUACCCGCGUUCACAGAUUGAUAUCUACGUGCAGGUGAGAUUUAUCUGUUAAUGGGCCUGAGAAAUUAGGAUUUUCAUGCUCAGCAAAGAGUAUUGUAAGACAAGAUCCAAACCUGUUCCUACAUGGUCGCUUUUUGCCUUUUAAUGGAACCGUCACAUUUACUAUAAAAUUAUGUAUUGGGGAUAUAUUCAUGUUACAAACUGCAAGUUAAUACUGUAAGGGUCACUUUUCUGUUACUUGCCAAUUCCAUGUAUUGGAUACAUAUUCAUUAUGUCUUAUUGUGCUUUUGCCCAAGCAUAUUUUUAAAUUCAAAUAAAAUGUUAUAUUAAAGCACUAGUUUUAACAUAACCUAAUUCUGCUUUCUUGAAAUACUUAUAGUUUUGUUUAUUGGUGUGAUACAGGUGUCAUGCACAUUAUUUGUUAUAUCUGUUACCCAUCACUAAUACUGAACUUUAAAUAUUUUGCUGUCGGUCAGAGCUUAUCCGUUUUUGUUUAUAAAUAGUCUAGAACAGGGUUGCUCAGAAGGUAGAUACUCAGAUGUUGUAGAACUACAAAUUCUUUGAUGGCAUAUUUUUAAAACCUCUGGGUGUCUACCUUUUGGGCACCCCUAGUCUAGAACCUCCAGCCACCAUAACAACUUCAUUGAGAUGCCAUUACUGUGCGUAGAGUGCCUCACAAUGCUGUUACACCCAACUUAAAGGCACUGAGGCGACACCAUCCCAUUGCACAUGGCAUAAGCAUAUUGAUUACAUGUUAUCUCACAUUACCUAUUUAUCCAGUUUAUAUUGGCUAGAUAAAAAAUAAAUAAGAGGUUAUAUCCUUAUGCAAUGAUUUAACAAUACUGGUAUAUGUGGUGCAAAGCAAUCAAUAAAAUAAAGUUUGUUGUUUGUCUCCUUUCACUCUAGAUCCUUCAGGCUGAUGGGGGUAAUUACUGCACUUGUGUAAACGCAGCCACUCUGGCAGUGAUCGACGCUGGCAUCCCCAUGAGGGACUAUGUGUGCGCCUGCUCGGCAGGUUUUAUUGAGGACACUCCACUGGCCGAUUUAAGUUACGUGGAGGAAGCAGCCGGUGGGCCCCAGCUGGCAUUGGCCCUGCUUCCCAAAUCAGAUCAGAUUGCACUCCUGGAAAUGAACUCGCGGCUGCACGAGGAUCACCUUGAGCGAGUGAUGGACGCUGCUAGUAAAGCCUGUAAGGAUGUCUAUGCUGUGCUGGACCAGGUGGUGAGGGAACACCUGCAGGAAGUCAGCACAAUGCUGGGGGAUAGGGGAUCGGUGUAAAGGGCGACAAGUCAUACGUUACAUGUGCUCUUGUUCUACUGUCUUCAUUUCCUGGAUUUUAGCUGGCCUUAACAAAGGUCAGAGAAGAGUAAUGAAUAGAUACCACAGGAUUUAUAGCUCCCUGUUUUGGGAAGUCUAACAUUCCAGAUGUUGACAGUUUUGUUUAAAUCAAAAAAAGGAGUUAUGUUUGUCAAAAUAUAGAGCUGUGACAUUCAGCAAAGGACGUUGUUGGUUAAUGUAUAAUUAAUAGAUGCUGCAUCUUCAGAUCAUGGCUGAAAUGUAUAUUGACAACGGUGACUCCAUUUUGGCUCACCAAGUAAAUGUACAAAAUACUUCUACAUGGGCUGAAAUGUAUAUUAUGAUACAUAAUGUCAUUCAUAACUGAUUUGGGCUAUUUGCUGCUCAGGAUUUUUUAAUUUUUUUUGUUAAAUGUUUUUAUAACAGUUAUUACAUGUAAUAUCUCAUCUAUUUGCUGCACAAGUAUGUGGCAGAAAAUGUAUGACCAACAGCUGAUGCAAAUGUGUUCAUGGAUUGGAAACCUAUAUUUCAGAGAGAGAUUUUGGGAGAUGGUGUUCAGCAUCCUGCUCCUAGUGUAACGGGUAAAUACACAAUAUAUCCUUUUCCAAAUCCAUGCUG